UUCUCCUACGGUCAACUUGUAAAGCUCUCGCCGUUACUUAUCCUACUUCUGAUUCUUCAUUCUUUUCAGUUAUCCAGCCAACCAUCCUCUAACACCUACCUUACUCACACAAGCGCGCAACCAUGGAGGUCCAGACUGUCGAGUUCAAGCCAUUCACCGACCAGAAGCCGGGCACCUCCGGACUUCGUAAAAAAGUGACCGUAUUCCAACAGCCACACUAUAGCGAGGCCUUCAUCACGAGCAUCUUGCUCUCCAUCCCUGAAGGUGCCGAAGGUGCCUUCCUCGUCAUCGGCGGGGAUGGCCGAUUUUGGAACCCUGAGGUGAUUCAGCUGAUUGCCAAGAUUGGUGCCGCGUAUGGCGUCAAGAAGCUCCUGAUCGGCCAGGAUGGCAUCUUGUCGACCCCUGCCGCCAGCCAUGUCAUCCGCAAGCGCAAGGCGACAGGUGGCAUCCUUCUGACCGCUAGCCACAACCCCGGAGGUCCCAAGAACGACUUUGGCAUCAAGUACAACCUCGCCAACGGUGGCCCGGCGCCCGAGUCGGUCACCAACAAGAUCUACGAAGUCUCCAAGACCCUGACCUCGUACAAGAUUGCGAGCAUUCCCAACAUUGACAUUUCAACCAUUGGUACCAAGACGUACGGUGACCUCGAGGUCGAGGUGGUCGAUAGCACCGCGGACUAUGUCGAGAUGCUCAAGGAUAUCUUCGACUUCGACCUGAUCAAGAAGUUUUUUGCCACUCAUCCUGAUUUCAAGGUCUUGUUCGACGGUCUUUCGGGCGUGACCGGACCGUACGGCAAGGCCAUCUUCCAGCAGGAGCUCGGUCUUGGCUCCGAGUCGACACAGAACUGCGAGCCUUCCCCUGACUUCAACGGUGGCCACCCUGACCCCAACCUUACUUACGCACACAGCUUGGUUGAGACUGUGGAGAAAAACAACAUUCCGUUUGGCGCAGCCUCUGACGGUGACGGAGAUCGCAACAUGAUCUACGGUGCUGGCGCUUUUGUGUCGCCCGGUGACAGUUUGGCUAUUAUCGCUCACCAUGCCCAGCUUAUUCCCUACUUUAAGAAGAAUGGUGUGUACGGCCUGGCACGCAGUAUGCCUACUUCGGGAGCAGUGGAUUUGGUUGCCAAGAAGCAAGGCCUGAACUGCUAUGAGGUUCCCACUGGCUGGAAGUUUUUCUGCGCCUUGUUCGACGCCAAUAAGCUCUCUAUCUGCGGCGAAGAGUCGUUUGGAACAGGCAGCAACCACAUCAGAGAGAAGGAUGGUCUCUGGGCCAUUGUGGCUUGGUUGAAUAUCAUUGCGGGAUUGGGUGUCGCCAACCCCGGAGUAGCGCCCAGCAUCAAACAGAUCCAAAAGGAUUUCUGGGCUGAGUACGGACGAACCUUCUUCACCCGCUACGAUUACGAGGAUGUGGACUCAGAAGGUGCCAACAAAGUUGUUGGUAUCCUCAGGGAUUUGGUGGCGGAUCCAAACUUUGUAGGAAGCAAGGUUGGAGAUCGUACUGUCACGGAAGCUGGGGACUUUUCGUACACCGAUUUGGACGGCUCAGUCUCUUCCAACCAAGGUCUGUAUGCCCGCUUUUCCUCGGGCAGCAGGAUCGUUGUUCGCCUGUCCGGCACCGGUUCUUCCGGCGCCACCAUCCGCUUGUACAUUGAGCAGCACAGCACGGAUCCCGCCACAUAUGAUAUGGAUGCCCAGGACUUCCUGGCGCCUGAAAUCAAGAUGGCAACCGAGCUCUUGAAGUUCAAGGAAUUCGUUGGUCGUGACGAGCCGGACGUGAAGACAUGAGUUUGGCGUUCAUGUAGGCCUAUGGAACCAACUAGGGCUGGGGUGGCUAGUUCUCCGAGAUUUUGACAGUGCAGGCAAAAUAAUGUAAUUCAUCUUCCAACCGAUCGAAUCCAUAUCGUACGUAUGGUGGCCAUGUCGCUCCUGCCCUAGCAUGAAGAUACGAUCUAGUCCUUCUGAAAAAUAGCAGAUCGAUAGUACCUAGCCUCUGCGAUGCUCUCCAGAAUGUCCUCCUUCGCCGUAUGAUGUCCCUGCUUGGUAGGGGCUCCCGAGGCGAUAUGAGGGCACCAACGACGAGCAGCUUCUUUUAGACUACUUACGUCCAAGAUGCGGUAGUGCAAAUGAUCGACGACCCUGUCAUAGGGCUCCUUGCGGAGAAAGGCGCGGUCGGCAUGUACGCUGUUUCCGGCUAAGAGGGCCACGCGCUU